GCCGUCCGGCCGGGCUGUGGCGGGGAAAUGGCGGCGCCGGAGGGCGGCUCUGCCGCGAUGCCCGCGGCUUGUCCCGCUCCGCCUGGUCCCUCGGCUCCCGGCUCCUGGAGCCGCUCCCUGGACCGAGCCCUGGAAGAAGCGGCGGUCAGCGGGACCCUCAGUUUGAGCGGCAGGAAGCUCCGGGACUAUCCGCGGGCCAGCGCCGCCAACCACGAUCUCAGCGACACCACCCAGGCUGACUUGUCACGGAACAGACUGUCGGAGCUUCCAGCAGAAGCCUGCCACUUCGUCUCCCUCGAGACUCUUAAUCUGUACCAGAACUGCAUUCGAUAUAUCCCAGAGGCUGUUUUGAACUUACAGUCUCUAACAUUUCUAAAUAUCAGUCGAAACCAGCUUUCAACAUUGCCAGUACACCUCUGUAGUCUACCACUAAAAGUUUUGAUAGCAAGUAAUAAUAAGCUGGUUUCAAUACCUGAAGAAAUUGGACAGCUCAGACAGCUGACAGAGCUUGAUGUGAGCUGUAAUGAAAUACAGACAAUACCUCCACAGAUUGGCAAUUUGGAGUCCUUGCGAGACCUAAAUGUCAGAAGAAAUAAUUUGGUGCGUUUACCUGAAGAGCUUGCUGAAUUGCCUUUGAUUCGAUUAGAUUUCUCCUGCAAUAAAAUAACAACAAUACCAGUUUGUUAUAGGAACCUCAGACAUCUUCAGACCAUCAUGUUAGAAAACAACCCUCUCCAGUCCCCCCCUGCACAGAUAUGUAUAAAAGGAAAAAUUCAUAUAUUUAAAUACCUGAACAUAGAAGCAUGCAAGAUAGCUCCAGACUUGCCUGAUUAUGAUAGGAGACCCAUGGGAUUUGGAUCAUGCCACGAGGAGCUCUAUUCCAGUCGUCCAUAUGGCGCACUCGAUUCUGGCUUCAAUAGUGUGGACAGCGGAGACAAAAGAUGGUCAGGGAAUGAACCAACAGAUGAGUUCUCAGAUCUCCCAUUACGUGUGGCAGAGUUCACCAAAGAGCAGAGACUGAGAAGAGAAAGUCAGUACCAAGAAAACAGAGGGAGUGCAGUUGUAAUUAAUGGUGGAGUGGAACACGAUCUCGAUCAGAUCGACUACAUUGACAGCUGUGCCACGGAGGAGGAGGAGGAGGAGGUGAGGCAGCCCAAGUGCCAGGACUCAGACAGCCUCAGCUCCCAGUUCAUGGCAUACAUCGACCAGCGGCGCAUCUCCAAUGAGAGCUCACCAGUAAAGCCUGUAUCCAUCAGAGAAUUUCAGAGAACAGAGAAUACAAGACAACAUUUACACCAAAACAGGGAUACAGAUGAAUUACGAAGACCUGAAACUCUAAAUUUGAUGCCCGACAGAGAGCAUCACCCAGUGCUAAGGAGUUAUGUGGACAGGACAGAGAGACCCCUGCCUGAUUCACCUUAUUUUCUCUCGCUGUCAAGUCACCACACCCAGGUGCCCAGCACGGAGUCGGAGCUGCAGCGCCGGCACAUCGAGCGCACGCGGCGGGAGGCACAGCUGGCAGCCCUCCAGUACGAGGAGGAGAGGAUGAGAACGAAGCAGAUUCAGAGAGAAGCUGUCCUUGACUUUGUUAAGCAAAAAGCCUCCUUAAGUCCUCAGAAACAAAGUCCAAUGGAUAGUGAGUGUCCCUUUCCAUCCAGAAGGUCUCAGCAUACUGAUGAUAGUGCCUUGUUAGUGAAUGGCUUUGAGCCUCUCUUUGUGUUUGAGAUUGACAAUAACACCAAUACCAUUAAAAGGAGGCCAGGCACUCACAAACAGUCACUCUCAGGGUUGAACCAAGAAAGCUGUGCUACUACCCUGCCUAGUGCCUCUACCUUCAGUCCUGUCAAGAGUGAUGACAGAUCUACCAUCUCCCCUGGCUCACCUUCUGCUCAGACAGUCCACCUUUCCCCUCCAUAUCCUGGCCAUGCAGCCCCGCCUUCCUAUAGAAACCCUUCCCAGCGACCUGAGAGUUUCCUUUUCCGAACAGCUGUCAGGGAUGGAGCCAAGAAAGCUGUUUCUUCAUCCUCUACCUGUGCCUUGUCUCCUGCUAAUGAUUCUGCAGACCCUCGAGUGAGACAAAACUCCAAACAGCGGGAGGAGGAGCUGGAGCUGAUAGAGCAACUACGCAAGAACAUCGAGUCGCGGCUGAAGGUGUCACUGCCCAGCGACCUCGGGGCGGCUCUCACCGACGGCGUCGUCCUGUGCCACUUGGCCAACCACGUGCGGCCCCGCUCUGUCCCCAGCAUCCACGUGCCCUCGCCUGCCGUUCCUAAACUUACAAUGGCAAAAUGCAGACGAAACGUGGAGAAUUUCUUAGAAGCUUGCAGACGGAUUGGAGUGCCUCAGGACAAUCUUUGUUCCCCUUCUGACAUUCUCCAGCUAAACCUCAGCGUUAAAAGAACAGUUGAGACUCUUCUUUCCCUGGGGACAGAUUCAGAAGAAUCCAGUCUUGUGUCCCUUUCCGUUCAGCUCUGGGGCUUUGUGGUGUUUUACUGUACUCUAAUGCUAACGCUCUGUAUGUUCUAUCGCUGGGUCUUUUUUCUCUAGUGAAGGAUAGUGGUGCUGCUUCCUCCCUCCAUCACUCCAGUGCUUGGGAACAGAUUCUGGGCUUUGCCAAGACUGUGUGUAUGAAGUGCUUUGUUUCCCACGGAUGGGACAGAGGUGACAAGUACAAUGUACAAACACGUUGGUGCACCCACAUCACCAUCCAUGACCCAAUUCCCAUUUGUAUUUGCUGUGUCACGUUGAGCAGAUGAAAUGCUUUCCAAGGGAGGAGGUGCUGUCCCUGGGCUCCAGCGAGGGCUGAGGUCAGGACAUGUGGUGCAUGCUGUAGUCUGCUGACCAGUGGUGUAGUGAAAACUGCAGUGUCAGUUUGUGCCUCUGUUCCCCCAUCUGUAUAAUGGGAAAUGCAACCAAUUUGGUAAAUUGCUUGAGGAUUAUCUGAUGAAAAAUGUUAAACAAUGUGAGUAUUUUUUUCAAUGUCAAUAUUCUUGAUGUGAUCUCACAGUCUGAGGAGAUAUGGUCUGGUGUCAUCCACAGAACUUCCUAACUGCUUGGGUUUUGACCCCCAGUCCUUAUCUUGCUCCUAAGAGCAUUUGAUUUCUCAAAUUUAUAGACUCUGUUGUAUUACUUGGAGUCAGGAUUUUUAAAACAACUGUUAAUGAAUCCUGAGCUACUUGAACUUUAUAACAGUUCAAGCAGAAACAUUUCAGAGAAAUUAAGCUCUUCAACAGCUUUAAGAGAAAAUUUUUCUAGCACAGAAAGAAAAAUCUUUAUGAUCCUGUCAGGUGCUACAGAAUGUCAUGGAUAAGACUUACCAAAAACUUGUUGAAUUGUCCCUUGAUCUUGGGCACUCCAACCCAAGCUUGUUCCGUGCUUAUUCCCUUCUUCCUCUUAUACUGUUGUUUUCAGAAACACUUGUAUCAUGCAGUUGCACAAGCAAAAGGCCCAGCUGCACAAGCACUCUUCACUGUUUUACAAAACUCAGGUAGUCUUCCAUAAAGCUUCACAGCCUUUCCCUCCCUGGGGAAAGCAUCCUGGUGCUUUAAUGCUUUAAUGUCUCAGGGACACCUCAGAACUUCAGGGCACUCCCCAUGUGUGUAACAGACCGUGUCUCCUCAGAGUGGAGAUCCAUUCAGGGAGCUCUGCUCAGAGACCAGAGACAGGUAAGUGUUCAGGAAAUGGCUGUUCCAAAUGUGUCUUCAAUAAGUUUUGUUAUAUCUGCAACUGCAGUAAAUAGCUUGGAAGCCCAGUGCAAGUGGUGUUGGUAUUCCAGCCAUAUCCUGGACCACCUCUGAAGCACAGUUUAAGGUACACAGGAGUUCAGUUGCAAAUGUGGUCACUACCAAUAAAAAUGUUUCUGUGUAUAUGGAUCUCACAAGCUCUUGUAUCGUGAAGUGAGUUUUUAUCAAAGGAGCAAGUAAGAGCUGCUGCCUUCUGUCCAAGUGACACACUGUUCUGUCCAAGCCAAAAAUCACUGAGUAAAGAAGGGACUUUUGACAGGGGUAGAUUGCUUUACUUUUAAGUAAGCUAUUUUUGCACUGCUUACUGGUAUGAACUAAAAUGAACUCACUUCCUGUGUUUUUUAACUUCUAAUGAACACUGUGAUAAAAGCUGCAAGGGGUUUUACACUAACAGUGCCUUCCAGUUUUGAAAUUUUGUUUGUCAUUACUGUCUGUGAUAUGGAGUCAUUCCAAAGCUUUUCCCCCUUAUCUGUUUGCAUACAUAAGAAAAAGAUAAGGCAUAUUUACUCAAGUUUACAAAUAUUUUCUCAAAAAGCACACUUUUUUCAAAGUAAUAUACAUUUGCUGGAAGAAAAAUGAAUUUUAGCCUGAGCAUAUGGCUUUCUAUGAGAAUUGGAGUUGGGGUUUUCUGUCUUGUUUUCUCUCUGCUCAGAGCUUUGAGGGAGGAGUGUUGGCUGCCACUGUUUGUACUGAAGGAUUUCUUUAACCUCAAAAAUCAGUAAAGACUCAAUGAGUAGAGAAAUGCCAGUUGAUGUGAAAAUGACACAUGAAAAACAGCCUCUAGCUCUAUAGGAAGGACACACUUGGGUUGUUUUCUGCGGAUACAGAGAACUGUUGGACAUGUACCCUGUCUGUUGUGGAGUGAGGAUGGCCAGGAGGUGCCAAGGACUUCUGUAGGAUGAGGCUUUAAAUACAUCUUAGACUGAGAAUAGCACAACUGUUAAUAAACACUUUGAAACCUCUUUUUGGAUGUUGUGUAUUACUGUUACUCCUCAGGAUGAUUUUGGGGGCCACCCGCUAAGCAGGGGCACUUUGGGGAGGUGAGUGAGUGGUAGUGACUCAUUCCCUGCUCCCCAGCAGGGCUUCCCUCGUGGCUGUAGCUGAACAGGCUUGUCCCAGGAGGACUCUCCAAAAGGUGUGAUUUGGGAAGGAAGCUGUGGUUCCUCUCCUGCUCUGUUAUAGCACAUUGGUCAUAUUGAAGCAACCCCCUCCUCAAAUUCAUCUACCUUGGUUAUUUCAUAAACUGCUGCCAUCUCCGUGUGGGCAGAGAUGGAGAACAAUUUGCUAUUCCCCCUUUCUCCCAUGAUCCCUUUUCAAAUUCUUAUUUAUACCAUUUUCUAUUAAAAGAACACAAGAGAUUAGCCCAAGGCUAUCUUUCUUGAGUAGUCAAGGUCAUGGUUCCUUUGUCACAAGCAGAAAUCUCAUGUCCUACCCCUAUGUUUGUGUGCUGCCUGUCCAUAACAUUUCAUAUUUUAGUCACCUUUUGCUUAAUUUUUUUUUUCUUUUCAGUUGAGUGGUUUUCAUCCAUUUUGUUUUUGUCUUUGUUUUGUUCCCCAUUCAGGAGCAAUUAUGUUUGCCUCUGCAUAUUUUAGAAGAGAAGGGUUUGACACAGGUAGCUGUGACUGUCCAGGCGCUCCUGGAGCUGGCACCCCCAAAGCAGCAGCCACUUCACCACUUGUCUGCUGUGUAAAGACCUCCGGGACCUUUUGGGUUACCUUGGCUAAGCAGAAGGACCUGAAGACUUUACUGCCCAUGCAGUGCAUCCAAACACACAGAGCUCUGUUCUAAGGAAAUGAGUUCCCGUGAUUCCUGACAGGAAUGUUUUACUUCAUUUCUCCAUUUUUUUUGGAGAUAACAACAGUUUCCAGAAACAUUUUUAUUACCAAUAUUUUUGCCCCUUAUUUAAAAAAUGAGAGUUCACUGGGAGGAGGGCAGGGAAUGCUAGUGGCUGUCUGUUGGAGCCAGCUGUAGAAAUGGACCCUGCAGGAUGAAGAAAUGGGUUUAGAGUCUGGAAAGCAAUUCCUAGGGGAAUUUGUAAAAAAAGGGUGUUGCUGCAGUGGGCACACAGGGAAUUAAAUUUCUUUCCUUACCCACAGGGUGCAAAGAAAUGGAUUUUCUUUGCCUCCAAAGAAUGGCUAUUUCUAUUAUAAUAUUUUUUUUAUUGCAUCACACAAUCUUAACCUGCAGGGUUUGAUAACAGGGUCAAACCUCACACAGGUGUCACUUGCCUUGGCAAGUCCUCAUUACUAAAAGUUGAAGAGAAAAACCACUUUUCCCAAUGGAAAAAUUACUGCAUGUUUUCUCUGCCAGAAACACCUUAGUAAAAGAUACUGAGAUCUGUUCAAGUGGGAUUAAUCCCAUCAGCGUUUUUGCUGGGUUCACUUUCUGUUUGGGUUUUAACAUGUCUUUAUCUGAACACUUUUCAAACAGCAGUGGAGGGAGAUUGCCCCUGUCCUCACAUCCCCUCCUGGUGGUUUUGUGGGAUCACCAAAUCCCUGCAUUUCCCUGCAGUGGGAGCAGUGUCAGCCUGCCCUGCUGGUCAUUAGAAACCCUACCAGCUAACAGAUUUAUGAGGGGCUGAAGUAUCCCCUGCAGGCACAGAAUGGAUCAUGUUAAAAGCACAGUUCUCAAGUUCCCCAAGUGGGCUGGGUGUUGCCAGAGCAGCAUCUGUGCCAAGGCAGCUCUGAAGGGUUAGACAAGGCUUUCAAUAAUGCCCUUUAUUAGUUGGAGUUUAUAUAGAGAGAUGUGCUGGUUUUACAGAAAUGCUAUCACUUCAUUCCUCUUUCCUUAACACAAUAAUGGAAUUUCGCUGUGCAGAAGUGGGAGAGGCUGUUGACAAGUUCUGUGUUUUCCUGGAAAGCUGAUGUGCAAAAUAAAGACAGGUCUAUAUGCUCUGGUCCUAGUGACAAGGCCAAGCUCACUACCAGAUCAAUUAACAAUUCUUUCUUUUCCCCCUCACAAAAUCCAGUUUCCACUUAUGCAGUUCCUUUGUCAGGUGUUGCCCAAUUCAAAACAUCCCUGAACGUUGUGCUACUAAUACAUGGUACAUGUUCUGAAAGCAACUCCAGGCAUCAGCCAUGUUCUGUCUGGGAUAUAUUUGAAGCAAAAUACACUGAGAGGAUUUUAUGCAGAUAAAGAAAGACGAAAUGGGAACAAAAUAGCUAAAAGUCAUUUUUGCAGAAGUAAAACUUGCUGUGGGAGCUGCCAAGGACUGGUCUUAGCUGCAUUUUCCCCCUUUUGAUUUGCAGUUUUGUUUCCAUUUUGUUUUGCUUCAUGUAUUUCUUUCAAGGCCCGUUGUGGUGAUUGUUGAAUCCCCUGUUUCUCAUAAUUAUUCCAGUUGCUUCUUAUUGGCAUUGGUUGGUCACAUUUAAAGUGAAGAACACCUGGGAGGUGUUUAAGAGUGCCCAGCUGCAAAGAGAAACCUCCUCAUGCUGGGCAAAUGCAGCGCCCUGAGCCCUGCAGGGAAUGGAAGUGCCAGGAACUCACAGGAAGAGCAGCUCCACACAGGCAUUCUUGCCCCCUUAAGUAGUUUUUAUAUUUCACUUGAUGCCAUUGGUCAUUCCCACAGAGUUACACAGAGGUGUCUGAAGUGUCUGCUGCAGUUUGCUGGGGGGAAGAUGCUGCCACUCACAGGCAACACCACAGACACAGACAGAGUGUUCCUGGUGUGUUUGUCUCUGCACAGUUUGAGACAGAGGGAGGCACUGAUUUAAUCUUGGUUUCCAACAUUGAGUCACCUGUUGUUAAAGGGACAGUUGCAUUUACCAGCACACCCAUCAUGGGCUAUUUAAAUACCCCUGUUUGAAGAAAACCAUUCCCUUCAUGGAUUUGCAAGGGUGUGGUGAUUGCUCCAGCACUUAAGGAAAAUGAAAUGUAACAGUAUUCAGGUUGGUGGAAAUUUUGUCAUUUAAUUAACAGUAUUUUUAAUGGGGUGGGGGCUUGAGUCUGGCCUGCAAGAAGGAGCCAUUUCCUGUUGCCAUGAGUGGCUCACAGCCUGAGUGGCUCAUGGCCACCUGUGGGAGGCCAGGCCGGCAGAAGGUCCCUGGCACCAGCUACUUGGUCGUGAGCAACAUUCACUCUGGAGUUUCAGUGUAGGUAAUUGUGUUAACUUGACAUUUGUAAUUUUAUGUUUUCAGGCUGGCAAGCACUAAAUCUUGUCCAGAUGCUUAGGACAAAAGUGCAAACCCGAAGUUUCAUCAUGCAGUUUAUUUAAUGUGUUAUAUCAAACCCACUUCAGUUCUCUUGCAAAAUGGGUUGGGAUUUUUCAGAGUAGUUAUGUGCAAUUUUUUUGUAUCCCAUGAAAAGAGUAUUUGAAAGAAAACAUGUAUAAAGUUAUAUUCAGUGUGUUAAAGCAAAGAAGAGACUCUUUCCUCUUCAGGACAUUUGUGUUGGAGGAUGUGGGAGGGAUCCACUUCAGUGUUCUGUGCUGCUGGUGUUCCUGCACUGACUCCGUGGUGUCACACUCCAUCCUCACACCUGGCGGGCCCUGGGCAGUGUCUGAGGCUCUGCACGGUCACACACUCCGGGUGGAGCAGCCCAGGCACUGGGGGGCCAGGGCAGAGCAGCUGGGGGCUCCCCGCCCCCUGCUUAAAAUCCACCAGGGACAGCUCUUCACAGGGCCAGAGCACCUCUGUUCUUGGUAGCAGCAGGAUGGCAAAUGGUAUUCUUACCCCUUUAUGACUAUAAAUGGUUAUUUGAAAAACUGUUUUAGAAACAGAGGACUUGAAAGGUGAAUUUGGACAUCAGAAAAUUCUUUUGUAUAGAUAUUGUGAUGUUCUACAAAGUGAUCUAAUUUUGUUAUUUCUGAAAACAGUGUAAACGUGUAAGUAAUAGAGUAAAGGAUUUUAAAGCUUCAUCCCAUGCUGUAUGUCUGUAAAUACAUUCCAUAAUUUCUGUUACAUAUAAAUGUGUCUGAAUAUUGUAUAUUUUAAAUCGCCUGUAUUCUGCCAGUAGUGUGAACUUCUAGCACAUUGAUAAUAUAAAAGGAAACCAUGGGUAUUUGAAAUAAAGUUUUAAAACAUGAA